ACACAAGAACCUUACAAUAUAAAACCUGCGCUAGUUAGUAUUGAAGCUACACAAGAACCCAACUAAUCCCUGAGAAGCUUCUUUGUCGCUGUGAUUAGGACAUGGCUGCUACUUCAAAGCUCAUCUUCCUCCUGAUCCAAGGGAUCGUUCUGCUUUCUGUUCUUGACUGUGCAAAUGCACAGGGACUGAAAGUAGGGUUCUAUGCGAAGUCGUGCCCGGAAGCUGAGGCCAUAGUGAAGAAGGUUAUCGCUCAAACCUUGUCGGUAGCACCUUCACUUGGUGGUCCUUUGCUGAGAAUGCAUUUCCAUGAUUGCUUUGUCAGGGGUUGCGACGGUUCAGUGCUACUGAAUUCUUCAUCAAACCAAGCCGAGAAGGAUGCAAUUCCAAACCUAAGUCUUCGAGGGUAUGGAAUCAUUGACAGAGUCAAGUCUGCUUUGGAGAAAGCAUGCCCUGGAGUGGUUUCAUGUUCUGACAUCUUAGCCGUUGUAGCUAGAGAUGUCGUCGUCGCGGACAUGGGAGUACAUUGGGAUGUUGAAACUGGACGAAGAGAUGGUAAUGUAUCAAACAUGAUAGAUGCCUUGCGAAAUCUCCCAGCACCUACUUCAAACAUCUCUUCAUUAAAAUCAAGCUUUGCAUCAAAGGGUCUAAGCGCUAAAGAUCUUGUAGUACUAUCAGGGAGUCACACCAUCGGGACAUCUCACUGCUCUUCCUUCACCAACCGUCUUUAUAACUUCACCGGAAAGAACGUAAACGAUACCGAUCCCACCUUGGAUAGCAACUACAUUGCAAAGUUGAAGAUGAAAUGCAAGCCCAACGACCAAACUACUCUCGUUGAGAUGGAUCCUGGGAGUUUCAAGACAUUUGACGGUUCUUACUAUACUCUUGUGGCCAAGAGAAGGGGUCUCUUUCAGUCAGAUGCAGCUCUUCUUGAUGACAGUGAAACCAAAGCUUACGUGACAAGCCAUGCCGUACCAAAGGGAGAAGCUAGUUUCUUGAAGGAUUUUGGUGUUUCAAUGGUGAACAUGGGAAGGAUCGGAGUUCUCACGGGGAAUGCAGGAGAGAUCAGGAAAGUGUGCAGCAAGAUCAAUUAGUUUUUCAAGGAUCGUAUCGAACAUGAUCAAUUAAGCAUAUCGAUCUGUUCCCAUAAUGUUACAUGUUCUAUUAAUUUUGUAUGAAUUCUUGGUGAUUUCAUGUCUUUCAGAUUGGCAUUUGUUAAUUUGUAAGUUGUUUCCAAUAAAAUAAGACUAGGGUUUAUUCGU